AUGGCGGUGCAGGUCAGUCCAUCACAGAUCGGACCUCUUAGCCGUAGCGGGGAGGAAGACAGCGAUGCGAACGAAAUAUACUAUUCGCUGCAGGAGCGGGACGCCAGCGACGGUAAUGAAUCGUUUUACUCCGUGAGGGAUCAAGACGUCGAGGACGAAGACGCAAUUUCGAUCAAAGGCAGCGAGAUAGCCGGCGAUGAAGGCGCAAGAGAGCGUACUUUUGUCGGUGAGACAGACACUUUGGAGGCAAACAUGGCGGAAGUCGCUAAUGAAAGCGAAUUAUCUGACUUUUUCAGUGAUUAUCAUCACGGUUCAGAAGUGAAAAGUGCCAAGAAAGGACCUGGCUGGUUCACAGCACAAAGUGUACUAGAAAGCAAGAGAUCUCCAGCUCCCGUAGAAUUGAGAGACGAUUCUUCUAAGGACAAUAAGGAACCUUUCGAGUCGAGCCGGUCGCCUUCUGUCAUGAUGACUAGAAAAUGUCGUCCGCCUGGAGGGAUAGAAGCCAAAGUGGACGAGAUCGAAAUAAUUGAGCUUGAUGAUUGUAUCGAGGAGCGUGAUGAAUUAAUCGACUGCGACAUUGCAUCAAAUGAUAUCGAAGUCUUCGGGCCGGAUUCCUCAUGUGUGCGAGAACUGCCUUUUGUUGAAUUCGAUGGCUACAAGAAAGUCAUCAUCAUAGCAUCAGACGAUGAAGCUGAUGACAGGCCCGACGACGAGAAGAAAAUACUAGCGGAACUUACUGAUUGGGUCCCCAAGAGAGAUAGAAGUCCAGAAGCCUACGAACCAACCACAGAUGAGCUUCACCAAUCUCCUGUGCAGAGAAAGAUGAAAAAGCUCAUCGAGCUGGCUCAAAAGGCCGAAAAGAUGCCUGGCUCAUAG